CUCAGAUUCUCUCUCUUGCAUUCUCCUCUCAUCCUUGACGUCUACAAACUCAUGGCGGCAACGAAGAAUCAGCAGGCCAAGGCUCGCUCAUCAGCCAUCCUCGACCUCGAGAUGUUCCCUCACAUCGCAGACCUCAUCAUGAACUUCGCGCCCCACGCAUCGCUGGUUAAGCUCCGAGCAACAUCCCGUUACCUCAAGCGUCGUUCCGAGGCGGUUCUGUUCCGCCAUCUUUUGAUCGACUCGAAGGGGAGGUUCAGCACACCCAAAGGACUUCUUCCUAAGCUAGCUCAAGACGAGUUCCUCGACAUGCUGCGCAAGUACACUCGCGUCGUCGAGUACGAAGGGUAUAUCGACUUCACCCGCACCGCGCAUUAUCUUCCAAGCUCUGUGGCUCGAGAUCACUAGCGUACUUCAGCUCCAUCAGCACAAGGUUAUGGCUCGUCGGCGUCCCAAUAGGAACUCGUUCAUCUGAGCCGAUGUUGCCGUUUGUCCUCUCAACUUCAGUUCCUAAGACUCCAACAGACACAUUCCAUUCCCAAACGCACCGGUUCCUUUGGUACGAGCGCACCAUCUCGUGCAUGUUCUUUCCAACACAACGGCAGAUUAUGGCUUCAAGUGAACCUUAUGUGGAGCGCCACAGAGACGUGGGCAAUCCACAAUCUCCUCC